AUGCCACACACUGCCGCUGCUUUUAGACCAGUCUUCUCUACCGCUAUCAAACUCAGUAUUUUAGGAGUUGUUGGAGGUAUCACUGUUGCUUCAAUCUUGAACCAAAAUGCUAUUAGUACUUUGAUUGAUAACAACAUGAUGAGAACCAAGGAUCUUAUUGAAUCUAGAAGAAUCCGUGUUUAUGAGGAAGAAGAAAGAAUGAAGCAAAGAAAAUUGGAAUGGCAAUUAUUGUCUUACAGUUCUUAUGGUAAUUGGACAAGAACUAGAAGUCAAGUUAAAUUCUUGCAAGAUAAGCUUGAACAUAAGGAAAGAAAUGUUUGGGACGAUAUGAUUCAAGGAUUGGACGAAAAGAAAUCAUCGUAA